AUGUCUUUUUCACGCUUUGCCCUCGCGGGCCUCCUGCUCAGUGUAGCAAAUGCUGUCAGCGUAUCCCCGGUCUCCAGUCAAGCCCAAGUACAGCCUUCGGCGACCUGUCGUACUAUUUUGGGAGAUGAGUCCCUCUCUUCUGUACCUACGAUAACUAAGACCCGCCGUGUCCAUGACCCUACUCCUGUUGUGGUCUUCACCACGGUUCAGGAUACUGUCACCUAUACUCCCUCGCUUUCAACUAUACUGGCGACGGACUAUGAGACCGCUACGAUCACUUCUACGGCAACACCGGCCACUGAUGUUUUCUCAACUACUUCGACUGAGUUUGAAUAUACGACUUCGUGGGUCACUCCAAGUGAUGUCACCGCAACUCUGUGGUCAACCUCGUCAAUCACCCAAACCAGCACCGCAACUAUUGCCAGCUCACCUGGUUUCACUCCUAUUGUGGACACUCUUCCCACUGCUACCGUCGCCAAAAGAUCACUGGCUGAAGACCAAGAGGAAUGCGUUCCUUGGCUAGAUGAUUACCAGUAUCCCAAAGAAGUGAUCUGCCACGAGAAGUACAUCAUCAAGACCACAACAGUCUCAACUGUCACUGAGACCCCCAUCACUGCCACUGCUGCUGCACCUUCCACGACCGUGACAGUGACCAGUACCAUCACUUCCAACACUGUAGUUGUUCCCUCCGACGUGUCCACCACAUUGAGCUUCAGCACUACCUCGUACAUUACCGUUGUCACUGAUGCACCUGCUGUGACCGAUACUGUCACUUCUACUGCCACCGAGAUAGUCGCUAUCAGCACUACAUCUUCGUAUGCCGCGUGUGCCACCAACAACAUCGCAUCCAGUCCUCUUUCAUCGGACUACGGCAGCUUCGCCGGUCAAUACAUUAACGCUGUUGCCUUCACCAAAGUUCCUGGUAUGCGUAUAUCCGUGGGCGACACCUCGUCCCAGACGGCCUGCUGUGAGAGCUGCCAGCAGAGCUCGGAUUGCGCCUUCUCCUACUACGCUGGUAUAUCAUCAUCCCUCAGAUACUGUUAUUUGGUUCACACGACUACAUGCUCGGUUGCUGAUACUUACUCCACGGCUUGGAUUGAGCACACUGUGAGUUCUCUGUCAAUCUCCAAUGGAAACUGUGGCCACUACGUCGGCUCUCAGCAUUAG